AUGACAAGAAAACAGAUUGAAUGUGCAAUAUCACAAAAAAUGUUCUUGAUUGAUAGAUCUGAAGUUGGUGAAUUACAUCAUGUGUUUGUUUAUAAUGUUGAGAUUUCAAUCCUUCCCAAAUGUAAUUGUCCUCCUGAUUUUACAAAAGGAGAUCUUUGUAAACAUGUCUUUUUUGUCUAUUUGAAGGUUCUUAGGGUCAGUCCUGAUAGCAACUACAUCUAUCAAAAAGCAUUAUUAACCAGUGAGCUUAGACAAAUUUUCCAAAAUGCUGUUUCAAAACCAGCUGCAAAUCAGAGAGUUCAUGAUCAAUAUGCAAACAUGAAUAGCUCUAGCAGUAAUUCUGCCAAUAGUGCCAACAGUAAUAUAAGAUCUCAUCAACCAAUUGAAGGUGAUUGUCCUAUCUGUUAUGAUCCAUUGUUGGAAUCUGAAAAGCUUGUCUGGUGUAAAAAUUAUUGUGGAAAUAGUGUUCAUGAAGCUUGUUUUGAUCAAUGGAAAGCUUUAAAACAUAGCAGUGGUGAG